AUGUCGGCAAGGCAAAAUAACAAGAAGAGGAAAGCCCGCAAUGUUAUCAACCGCGAACGGACCGUCACCACGCUGACUGAAGACCCCGAGAGCGCGUUCCUCGUCCCAACUCCAACCGAGGAGCCUGCCGCCGUCCUCAUGUCUGCUCCCUUCCCACUGCCCCCCAACAUGCAGCCUGGCUUUCCGCUCGGCCCUGGCGACUUUGGCCACGGCGACUUCGGCCACGGAGACUUCGGCCACGGAGACUUCGGCCACUUCCCCUACAACGUCAACACACCCUACAUAGGUCCCAUGGGCCCGCCCAGCUUCGCACCGCAACACCCUACGCCCCCUCAGUUUUUUCCUGGACAGCAACCACCGCCAGACUCGCCUCUGGGAGACGGCGACCUGGAGAUACUCGAGAACCUCAAGCAGAAAAUCAAGAAUGGGCAACACGAAGUAUUCAAGGCGGUCCCCAACCCUGCGUUCCUAGCCAAUCUCUACAUGGGUCCCCGGAAACCUCCUCUCGUCUCUCAAGUGCCUCCUCAUCCUGAGCAACUGCCGACGACCUCUGAGCGCAACGGCCCCGUUGUCUCUCAGGCCCCAGCUGAGCCUGCUCCUAGUCGUGGACCCGCAGACACGUCGGCGGGCGCUGAGGCAGUGCCAGCGCCCAAGCCAGCGGCCCCGGAUGCGCGAAGGGUGGAUAAUGUGCCGUCUAUUCGUGACGUCCACAUGCGGUCGCCAGCUCCAGCCCCUCCGCUGGCCCCGGCCCCUAGCGCGAAGGAUGCGCGACCAGAGCCUCCGACAAGCAACGCACCUGCGCCGCCUGUCCCUGCUAGCAAUGUGGAGCGUGUACCUGAAGUCAAGCAAGAGGUCGACGAGCGACUGCCGCCCGCGGCUUCAAAGUCAGAACCGCAAGGGCUAGGCAGGUCUCAAUCCGACAGGUCUUUGGCGGACGAACCUCCGCUGGGAACAAGAGGUCCUGGAUUUUCUCCCACAAAGCCUGGGUAUGACGGCAAGGAUGAUCAGCGGCUCUCCCGGGACAAUAACUGGACGUACCGCAAUGGCUCUGAUGAAAAGGCAAGGUACGAUCCUGACCGCAAUGGCCGUUACAAUGGAGACUCGAGGUUCAGCAACCGUGGCCCUGCCUUCCCUCCGCGCUACUAUGAUAGAGACAGGGGACGAGAACAUUCACGCGAGCGUGACAGAGAGAGGGACUGGGAGCAUGACGACAGAAAUAGACGUCCUGACUUUGCCCGCUUCAAGGAUGAGAGGCGUAAUGAUGACCGGUUCAGGGGUGCUGACAACCGCAGACCUCCAUUCGAGACUCGGACUGCGGAUACUUACCGUCCGUAUGAACGUAGGCCUGGAGAUGACGCUGGUGGUCCUCUGCGUACGCACCCUUCGGAUGAUAGGAAUCAUCCCGAUACGCGUCCACCUUUUCGCAAUCUCGGUGAAGAGAGAGCUAUCAUUCGUGGACCUGCUGAUCCUACUCCGAAUCGUGCGCUCCCCGAUGAUUCUCGUCCACCUGCUGCUCCGCCUGCAGACGACCGUCGUGGCCCUGUUCCUGCUCCAAACGAGCGUCCUGCAAGGGAGAUGGAAGAGCGCCGUCCACUACCCCCAGUGUCGUCGGACCGCUCGAUAAGAGCCACAGAAGAUCGUCGGCCGUCCCCGCCUCCUGCAAACGACAGGCUCUUACGAUCACCGGAAGACCGUAGGCCUCCUCCCCCUGGUUCAUAUGUGGACAGGCAGACAAGGCCGCUAGACGACCGAAGGAUACCUCCACCUCUGUCGAAUACAGAACGCCAGGUAAGACCUAAAGAUGAGCCUCGUGCCCCGCUUCCGCUCUCUUCAAGUACGGACCGGUCGGUGCGACCCCCUCUGGAUGAUAGGCGUCCCUAUCCACCCCCUGGUCUUGAUCGUACUCCUAGAAUGAACGAUGAACGCCGGAUGCCUCCUCCCACUCCCGAAGAUCGCAGUGCUCGUCCUGGCCCGCCUCCUGCUCGCCCGCCUCUUGAGGAGCGCACCUUGCGUCCUCAGCCUAGUAAGGAAGACUUGAGCUCUCGUCCGCCUGUCUCCUUGGAAGAGCGUAUCGGCCGUCCUCCGCCUUCUCUGCAGGAGCGGAUAAGCACGAGCACUUCUAGGCCGGAUGACAGACUCGACCGCGCACAACCCCCGCCGCGGCUCGACGAACGCAUCAAUCGCCCCGCGCCUUCGCUCGAAGAGCGACUCUCUCGCGCUCCACCCACUACGGAUGACAGGGCUGCAAGACCUCCGGCCCCUGAAGACCGUGCUGCUCGUCCUAUGCCCCCGCCUGCUGCACCCGAUCGAACUGUCCGUCCUGCAGCAUCUGACGAUCGUACUAUGUUGCUAGCGGAGCCAGCUCGUCCUCCACUGUCGGGCCCUCCUGAUCGUGGUCCGCGCCCGGAAGACCGUGGCCGGCCACCAGUCUCGGACCGCUUCGCUCGCCCUGGCUCUUCCCCUAAUGAUCGCCCGAGACCCGGUGUAUACCCACCCAGAGCUCAGUCAGUCGUGCGCGACCCCCCUCGCAAGUUCGAGCUGCGCUCUCAAACACGGUCGCCUACACGCUCAGACAUCCUGCGCCCCGCGGGCGACCCGCCACCGCCGAGGGACCGCGCUGACGUCCGCCCGCCGUAUCGGCCUGAGCCUGGUAGGUAUGGUGCGGAUCGCAGGCCCGACAUGAUGGAUGUCGAUCCUCCGACUCCGCGGUUCAAUGCAUCGUAUCGCCGACCGUCGCCCCCGCCUGCUGCUGCAGAUAACUUAGACGCCUACCCUCCUCGUGGGCGCGCGUGGCCCCCGUCGAAUGACUCGUACCCUGACGAUUCUGCGCGCCGUCCUCCGCCCGAUGCCCGCCCGUACGACCGCGAAUGGCGCGAAGGCGAGCGUGGCUAUCCAGACGACUGGGAUAGCCGCAGUGGCCGCGACUGGGAGCGGCCUCCUCCACGUGACUACGAACGGGAUAGGUUCGUUGACGCGCCGCCAGCUCCGAACUGGGAGACCCGCGAAGAACGCGAACGUAGAGUCUCUUCAACUUACCCUCCCCCUGUGGAUCCUGCCCCUGCGCCCCGUUCGUUUGAGUCGCGCCCCCUGAGCUCACGACUGUCUGAUGGGUAUACGCAGGAGGACCGCAGCUAUGGUAGGGAUGUGGACCGCCCGAGGUACCCUCCUGCGGAGCCUGACCCUCCACCAUUCUCGCGCGUCAGACCGCGCAGCCCAAGCCCGCUGAGGAGACCAGGCGUGACAGACGACCUUCGUCCGCCCGCCAAGAGAGCACGCGACGAUGGCUAUAAUUCCGGAUACUACCCGCCACCUUCCGCUGAUACGACCCCACGCGUCGGACCUCCAGCAGACUACCCCCCUCGCGGCCGCACGCCUCCUACAGCUGGCGGCUCUGCGUACUACGAUGAUCCUCGUGGACCGCCGUACAGGUCGGGACCCCCACCGCCGCCUCCGCGAGACAGGGACUACACGAACCAGAGGGACAGGGCUCCGGACGUAGGUGGCUACUCGUCGUUUGAUAGGCGGGACCCGGCAAUGCGGAUACCCCCGUCACGCUCGCCUCCUCCGUAUAACAGGUUUGGACGGGACGAGAGACGUUACUCAAUGCCGCCGCGAUGA